CACCACGUCGGGAGAUCUUCCUCUGUCUCCUCGCUUCUUAUCUUACUGUAACAACCUCACAACUCGCCGGAGAUCCUACCAGAAACAAUUCGAUGUGGCUGAACCGGACAAUUCCCAUCCGGUAUCUGAGAUCCUUCCGAAGAACUCAAAACCCGCAAUGGAUGAGCUACACUGUUGCGUUCUACUCAGAUUCCGCGGAGGAGAAAGAAAAGGUCGCGACUUUGCAGGAGACUAGAAUGAGAGAUAGGUUUACUCUAUACGCACGUGGCGGCGAAGGUGGCAGUGGUUGUUCCAGCGCCCGCAAGACCCGUACCGAUCGCUACGGCAAACCAGAUGGUGGGAAUGGUGGGAGAGGAGGUGAUGUGAUUUUAGAAUGCACACAUGCAGUUUGGGACUUCAGCGGUUUACAGCCUCAUGUUAAAGGUGGGAAGGCUGGGCAUGGAACUUCUAAGAACAGGAUUGGAAACAGAGGAGAAGACAAGGUCCUUCAAGUGCCCAUUGGGACAGUGAUUCAUCUCCAAGAAGGUGAGAUUCCAUCUCAGGUUCAAGCUGGCUCUCCCACAAGUUUGGAUCCAUGGGACCUUCCUGGCACACUGGUUGAUGAUCCUGCAUCAGAGGAGACCUCCGACGUUAAUCAAGAUUCUUCUGUUCAACUUGAAGCUGAGGAAGUAGUAGACACGCCAAUGGAAGAUGACUUUGAAGACGAUAUUGAUCAAGUAAAGUAUAACGUUGCGGAGCUAACAGAACAAGGUCAGAGAAUACUCAUCGCACGUGGUGGCGAAGGCGGUUUGGGCAGCGUUUGCGCUACACGUUACUUAAGAGGCACCAAGUUCCCUAAAACAUCCCCUUUGAGAACAAUGGAGGACGAUGAAGAUGAUGAUGAUAAUAAUGGUCAACGCUCGAGUAUUAAGUGUGGUUCUCUUGGUACAGAAGCUGUCCUGAUACUAGAGCUGAAGAGCAUCGCCGACGUCGGUCUCGUAGGGAUGCCAAACGCUGGUAAAAGCACUCUCCUCGGCGCGCUCUCACGCGCUAAGCCGCGUGUAGGCCACUACGCGUUCACAACGCUGCGUCCUAACCUAGGAAACGUCAGCUACGACGACUUCUCAAUGACGGUAGCCGACAUCCCAGGGCUUAUCAAAGGAGCUCAUCAGAACAGAGGGCUAGGCCACAACUUUCUCCGCCAUAUAGAAAGGACCAAAGUGUUGGCUUACGUCGUGGACUUGGCGUCGGGGUUGGAUGGGAACAGAGGAGUGGCGCCGUGGCAGCAGCUGAGAGAUUUGGUGAUGGAGCUUGAGUUUCAUGAGGAAGGGUUGUCUGAUAGGUCGUCUUUGAUCGUGGCGAACAAGAUAGAUGAGAAGGGUGCAGAGGAGAGGUUGGAGGAGCUUGAGAGGAGAGUGAAAGGAGUGAGGAUUUUUCCGGUUUGUGCUGUUCUUGAAGAAGGUGUGGCUGAGCUGAAAGAUGGUUUGAAAAUGCUUGUAAACGGUGGUGGUGAGGGAUCAGAGAGAUUGAAAUUGGAGAAUAUAUGUGUUGACUAGUUUAGUUGUUUGUGCCAUGUGACAUUUUCACGGUUUCUGUUGUGAUUUUGGAUUCAAGAUUGUGUUAUAUGUUA